AAACAUCAGAACUGAGUGAUUUUAAAAAGGCAAUGAUAGGAAUCGGGAAGUAGCAAUGAAACCAGUGGCAGCUCCUCCCUUUGGCAUCUUCUUCCUCCUCCUUUUGCCUUCCCCAACUCUCUCUCAACCCACCGCUUCCUCCGCCUGCCCCCUCGACUUCUCCGUCAUCCAUCCCUUCCUCUCACCCGCCUCCCUCUCCGCCGACUCCCGAUGCAACUACCUCCUCCAGCUCCUCCACCUCGUCCUCUCCCACUUCCUACUUACCCAAUCCCUCUUCCACCCCUCCCUCGACGCCGCCCCCGCCUGCUGGGCCGCCUUCCAGGCCGCACUCCUCCCCGCCUCCUUGGACGUACGCGCCACCUGCGGCUUCCGCACCCCGUGGAUCUCGCAGGGCUGCAUGAAUCUCACCUCCCGGGAUGACUUCGAGAGCCGCCUCCCCUACUCCGCUAACCUCGACAUGGUCACCAACUGCAACCGCUCCCUCAUCCCCACCCCCGCCUGCACCGCCUGCACCGCCAGCCUCGCCCGCAUCACUUCCAAUUACCUCCGCGGCCCCAACUACGGAAACGUCUCCGACUGCACCGCCUACCCUUCCAUCUACGCCGCCGCCGCCAUCAGCCGCCUCGGCCCCGGCAACGUCUAUUGUUACUUCCUCCUCUCCGCUACUUCCACCUCCCGUCGCCGCAACUCCAUCUGGAUCUACACCGUGGUUGCGGCCGUUUGCAUCCUCCUCCUCCUAGCUCUCGCCGCUUGGAUCUGUCUUCGUCGCCGCCGCUCUCGGAGGAGAACGCCGACGACAACGACUAGGCCCUCUCCGGCAUUGGACUCGAUCAGCGCUAGCACUACUUUGGUCAAGUUCGCCUUCGACGAAAUCAAGCGGGCUACUAGGAACUUCUCGAGAGAAAACAUCAUCGGACACGGAGGCUUCGGAAACGUCUACAAGGGCGUGCUGCGCGACGGCACCUACGUCGCCCUGAAACGCUUCAAGAAUUGCUCAGCAGCAGGGGACGCCAGCUUCGCCCACGAGGUGGAGGUCAUUGCCAGCGUUCGCCACAUCAACCUUCUUGCUCUCAGAGGCUACUGCAUUGCCACCACCCAAAUGGAAGGCCACCAGAGGAUCAUCAUUUGCGACCUGAUGUGCAACGGAAGCCUCUAUGACCAUCUCUUCACCACGGAGGAUCGCCGCAGACUAACUUGGCCCUUGCGGCAGAAGAUCGCAGUGGGAACGGCGCGGGGACUGGCCUACCUCCACAAUGAAGUUCAACCGGCGAUCAUCCACAGGGACAUAAAAGCAAGUAACAUACUUUUGGAUGAGAAUUUUGAGCCUAAGGUGGCUGACUUCGGUUUGGCCAAGUAUGCACCUGAGGGGAUGUCACAUCUCAGCACCAAGGUGGCCGGAACCCUAGGAUACGUGUCGCCGGAGUAUGCUUUGUAUGGGCAAUUGAGUGAGAAAAGUGAUGUCUUUGGCUUUGGAGUUCUUCUACUUGAGCUCCUCAGCGGGAAGAAGGCAUUUAUAUCACUCGGUGAGGGGCAAGCUUUUGUGUUGAGCGAUUGGGCUUGGUCUUUGGUGAGGACAGGGAGGGCAUUGGAUGUUAUAGAGGAGGGAAUGGAGGAACUGGGACCAAAAGAAGUGCUGGAGAAGUAUGUUCAUGUUGCUGUGCUCUCUACCCACCCUCAGUUGCAUGCAAGGCCUACAAUGGAUCAGAUUUUGAAGAUACUAGAGACUGAUUUAGCAGCAAUCCCUUUCAUCCCAGACCGCCCGAUUUCGAUCCUUUCGAACAUGGAAGAAAUUGAAAGAUCAAUGAGCAGCAGUGGUUCAGGUCAUCUAUUUGGUCAUGCAGGGUACCAGUUAAACAAUACUUUUGGAAAAGAUGGUGAAAUUUUGAAUGAUUCAGGAAUUCUAUCACAAUGGUCAGUGGCUUCUUCCAACUUGGAUAAGCCAUGACUGAAGCUUGUUUACCUAAUCCCUGUGUUCAAUGGUAUGAAUGAAGGGUUUUACACCACUUGAUUUGCUUUAGAUGUAAAACUGUUUCAUCAUAUUAGAAGAGAAAUUAGGUUUUCUUUUGUAUAUUUACUUCAUUAUUCGGACCAGGAUUGCAUUCUUUGGUUUUAGUAACAUUGAUGAAAAAACAAUGAUCUUUGGAUUGCAAGUCAGAAUGCUCAUAAACUGGAAACUCCUGUGACAAGUCUUUUGCUUAAAGCAACAUGCAUCAUUACUUA